AUUAAGCUGUGUGUUCAAUUUCUCGAACACUGGGUCAUCCAUCAUGAAGAGGCUUCUGCUGCUGGGUGUGAUGGUCUUCUGUUUUUGCAUGUUGCUUGCAGCUGACACACAAUCUGACCGAGUGAAAGACGACACAUUACCAGAAAAGGACGGAAUUUUACAACUAAAGAAGGGAAAUUUCAACAGGGCUCUGAGAAAAUACAAGCAGCUGCUGGUGCAUUUCAUGACUCGUCUGACGGUGGAAGGUCAUCGUGUGUCAGCAGCAUUCGAAGGAGCUGCUGUAGAGCUUCAGGGGUCAGAGGUCAAGUUGGCCAGAGUUGAUGUGACAGAGGAGAAGGAUCUGGCUAAAAAGUUAAAUUUUACUGGACACCCAAUCAAACUCUACCUUUCUGGAGAUAUACACAACCCUGCAGCCUGCCCUGUUCCUCGGAGUGCUGCUUCCAUCUUGACCUGGUUGAAAAGAAGGGCGGGGUCAGUUUCUGACCUCAUCACUGAUAUCAACCAAUCAGAGCCCUCAGAGGAGCUAAAGGUGGUUGGAUUCUUUAAGGAUCUAAACCACGAGUACGUCCAAGAGUUCUACGCUGCGGCAAUCGAUCUACCCGACAUCAGCUUCGCCGUGACGCAGAAUGAUGAUGUCAUCGGCAACUAUGGACUCACACAUGAUGCAGUUCUGCUGCUCAAAAAAUCUCAGCUCAUCCAGAGUUACAAAAUGAAACCUGAAACAUCAAAAGAGGAGCUGAUCAUCUUUAUCUCAGUCUACCAGAUGGACCUGGUCACUGAGUACAACGGGCAGACAGCCUCUCAGAUCUUAAGUUCCCCUGUGUUAAACCACGCUCUCCUUUUUGUCAACAAAAGCUCUGAAGGCUUUAAAGAGAUUUUCUCUGCUUUCAACAGUGCUGCAGAGGCAUUCAGAAUGAAGAUUCUUUUUGUUUUGGUGAAUGUGGAUGAAUCCCGUAAUGGCAGACUCAUGGAGUACUUUCGGGUUCGGGACUUUGAGGCCCCCCUUAUUCGACUGGUCAACCUUACAGAUCAUGUCACCUACCAGCUGCCAUCUGACACCCUGAACGAUGAGACUAUCGAGCGGUUCUGUCAGUCCUACCUCGAGGGCAACGCCAAGCCCAAAAUGCAGAGUGAGCCCAUUCCUGAAGAGUGGGACAAGAAGCCUGUGAAGGAACUGGUGGGAAUGACUAUAGAACGAGUGGCCUUUAACCCCAACAAGACAGUUUUUGUCUUUUUCUAUCUUCCCUACAGUCAAAAGUCUCGUGAUUUGUUUCCUCUGUGGGAGGAACUGGCUGAGGCCUUCAAAUAUCGACAGGAAGUAGUUGUCGCUCGAAUAGACGCUUCAGCUAACGACAUCAGCGUGUCGGUGCAGGGGCCCUACCCAUCACUCUGUCUGUUUCCUGCUCUGUACUCUGAGAGGAUGGUGAUUUACACAGGGAAAAGGAGACUAAAUGAUUUAGUUAAGUUUGUAGAUAAAGAAAUGGAAAAAGCUAAAAAAGACAGAGUUCAGGAGGAUGAACACAGAAUGAAAUACAUUGAAGCCCUAAAAGCCGAAGAAGCAAAACAACACAACGAAAAAAAAGAUGAGCUUUGAUAGAACCAAGAGUACAGAGUGUGUCUGUGUUUCUUACCUUUUAGUCUUUAAUUUAUAAC